AUGGGUGCCUUUAUUGCCAAGAUGCUGCUUCCUACGGUCAGCAGCGUGGUGUUCCUGCCUGCGGCCAGCGUGGCCGCCAAGAGGGGCUUCCACAUGGAGGCCAUGGUCUACUUCUUCACCAUGUUCUUCAGUGCGAUCUACCACGCCUGUGAUGGACCGGGCCUCUCCAUCCUGUGUUUCAUGAGGUACGACAUCCUGGAGUACUUCAGUGUUUACGGCACGGCUCUGUCCAUGUGGGUCACACUCAUCGCUCUGGGCGACUUCGAUGAACCGCAGCGCUCCAGUAUAACCAUGUUCGGGGUGUUGACCAUCGCCGUGAGGAUCUACCAGGAUCGCUGGGGCUACGGGAUCUACUCCGGUCCCAUCGGAUCAGCUGUCUUCAUCAUCACCGUCAAAUGGCUGCAGAAGAUGAAGCAGCUGAGGGCGGUGUAUCCAGAGAAGGCGGUGUACACGCAGCAGGUCGGUCCGGGCUGCUGCUUCGGCGCUCUCGCUCUGAUGCUGCGUUUCUACUUUGAGGAGUGGGACUACGCCUACGUCCACAGCUUCUACCACCUGUCUCUGGCCGUGUCCUUCGUCCUGCUGCUGCCGAAGAAGAACCGCUACGCAGGGACGGGAACCAACGCGGUGAAGCUCAGCUGCUUCGCUCUCUGCUGCUGCACAGACAAGCCAAAGAAGAAGUCUCGGACCGUGUGGACAGUCCCCACCGAGAAGCCGUGGACUCGAGGCUGCAGCACCCCCACCCUGCCUCUUUACAACCCCCCACCCUCCACACCCGUCAAAGGCACCAGCAUCAGCAAGCUCAAAGAGAUGAACGGCUGGAAAAACCUGGCUGGCUGGGCCACCGGCACCUCCCAGCUGGCUGCACCUCUCGGCCCUGACAGGACGCUGUUGCCACAGCUGUUGUUCACGCUGCGAGGUCAGCUGCCUCUCACAGAGCACCACAUCUCGUCUCCACCGCUGCUGCGGAUCACCGGUUCUCCGGGCGCGAGCAGAGACCCCGGGGUAGACCCAGAACUCGCCGGAGGGAUCACAUAUCCCAUCUGGCCUGGGAAGGGCUCAGGAGCAGCUGGACGGAGGGACGUCUGGAAUACGCUGACGAUCGAACACACAUGGUGGUUUGACACAGGGAUGUUCCGGGUGUGCAAAACGCACCCUACGAGUAAGUUCGAGGUGGAUCAGAUCCUCAGAUGGUUUGAGUUACAGCUCUGA